GGCUGUGGGUGUGUUUAAUGGGCUGGCUAGGGAACAGGCUGCAUUGGCACCAUGCUGCUGCUGCGUGGUGCUGUUCGCUGCUUGGCCACCAGCGCCCGACUUGAGGCUGGUGCAGACAAGACAAAGCUGGCGAAGCUGCGCAAAAUCACGGGCUACUCCUUUGUCAACUGUAAGAAAGCACUGCAGCAGCAUGACUACGACCUGGAGCGGGCAGAGGCCUGGCUGCGGGAGCAGGCUCAGGCUGAGGGAUGGGCUAAGGCCAGCAAGUUGGGCGCGCGUGCGACACCCCAAGGCCUGGUUGGCGUGGCUACACUCGGUCGCGCCGCCGCUAUGGUGGAGCUCAACUGCGAGACCGAUUUUGUGGCGCGCAACGCCGUGUUCGACCAGCUGGUGCGGGAGGCGGCCGUCGACUGUCUGCCACUGGCCGACAGUCGGCCGGACGAUUCGAUCAGCACCGUUGAGCUGGCGACCGUGGCCGGCGCGGACGGCCGCAGCCUUCCCGACCGCGUGGCGCUUGCCAUUGGCCAGCUGGGCGAGAACGUGACGCUGGGCCGCGCGGCCGUGGUGCGCGCCGGCCCCGCCACUCACCUCGCAUCCUACGUGCACCCGGGCCAGGAGCGCGAUCGCGCCGGCGUGCACGUCGGCCGCUAUGCCGCCGUCGUGCUGUUCGAGAUGUUCGAUUCGGGCAAGGACGUGUUGACGCCGCAUCGCUUCGGCCGCAACCUCUGCCAGCACAUCGUCGGCAUGGCGCCGCUCUCGCUCGGCGACCCGCGGCCGCCCGCCGAGGCAGAUGGCAGCACCGAGGCGCCCGCAGACGGCGCCACUGGCUCGGGUUCCGGGAGCGACAGCGACGGGAAGGUGGAGACGCGCCUCCUGGACCAGGAGUUCCUGGUCGAACCGGACGUGACUGUGCGCGAGCUCCUGGCCGAGCACAAUGCGCGCGUGAUCGACUUCGCGCGGAUGGAGUGCGGUGAGACGGCGGCGGCCGAUGAUUGAUCUCCGGCCGGUCGGCACCACGGAGGCGGGCGGCCGGGAGUGGCGUGGAGGCGUGUCCGCGGCCUGGCGAAUAUUGGCAUGGCAGCGAGUGGGCACGCGCUGACGGGCUAACGAGGCUGUAAACGCUCAGACUGAGGUGGACGGCGGUCUCGUAGACUGUGUAGAUGUCACGUGAUGCGGUUUGGUGGAUUGCGUGGAUGACGACCUGAAGCAGUUCGACGUGAGCGGUGCUCCCGGCCUCGCCGAGGUGCCGGAGGGAAAAGGCGGUCUUUUACUGCUGUAUGGUAGUAGAGAGGGGUGAAAUUUGGGCAAGCAAGAAGCUGGAGUGCUGAAAUGGUGGGAACGUGCAUUGUUUGGUCAGACGUUUGUUUUUGUUGGGAUGAUGAUGCCAGAGCACAAGGUGUGAUUGCGAUUGGUUUGUGUGUCUGUGGGGUAACCUAUACUGUCUGCAUUUAACUAGGCUUUGCGGAACUAUGCGUCUGUUUUCAGCUGGACGGGGCUCGUUGUCACUGCGGCUUGUCCAAUACAGAAAACAAGA